GAUUUCCUUUCAACUGUUAACGAAAAAGUCUUUGCUUUGCCCCUCUUCCCCUCCUUCUAUUUAUUUCGCGCUGCCGUUGUGUUCAAGCGGGGCCUCAGGCGACUCACCAGCUUCUCUUCUUUUGCUAGUUUUGCGUUUGAUGUACCUACUGGAACUUCCUUUUCGAACUCCAUGCUUGACAGACUCUCGCGCUAUCCUACGUUACUUCUUCUCGAACAAUAGUCCGUAAAAAGGCACAGCCGUCUGACGACAUGCCACCGAAGCAGCUUCCCUCCGCCAAACCCACCCGCAUGGCGGGCCCGGUUUCCUCUUCCCGUGCCUCCGGCAGCCGCCACGGUCAGCUCGUACCGUCGACGCAGAGGGGCGACGGCCGCAGCAGCAACGCACGCGCUAUGCCUCGUGUCCACGGUGCUGCAGGUGGUGCUGCCGCCUCUUCAUCGGCGCUCGUAGGUGGCAACAAGCCCGUUUACGGCGAACUCGUUGAGUCCGAUGAGGUGCACGACGAAAUCCGCGCGUUGGGCACCGAGGUGAAGUCCAUGAUCGCCCAACACCUCCCUCGGCACGGCACCUCGGAGGAGCAGGUGGCCUGGGGUGUUCGGCAGUUCGGCCCGUCCAAGGAAUCUCGUGCCGCGCUGAACAAGGAGAACGACGCAGCCAAGUUGGCCUGGGAGAGAGGGGUGUACUGCGUGUGGCGCUGCACGGAGCAACCGAAGCUACGUGGCGCGAACAACGACUUCUGCUGUCGACUGGGCUACCGACACGUGUGCUUCUGCGGCCACCCAAUGGCGGCGCACACAACGCCGGCGUGUGCGUCAAACAUGGCUGCCACGUCCUCUUCGUCGUCGUCGUUGCCAAAUCCCAAAUUUUCCCCCGUGAGUGAUCGACAACUUGCGCAGUGGAAGGCACCGUGCGAGGAGACGGGCUGCGCCUGCGCCGCGUUCCGCUACAUCCCAAACUCACCGCUGGAAAUCGGCGAAGGCUGGCUGACGCGACGCGCCAACUGGAAGCCCGCGGAGUGGAGUGCGAAGUGCCGCUGCGGGCACGGGCACAAAGCGCACGACCCGGCCUCCUCCUCACGCAUGCGCUGCCGCAGUUGUGGUGGCUGCUCAGGAUUCACCUCCGCAUUCCUCUGUGUGGUGUGCGACCUGCCCUGGGAGGCGCAUGAGACCGUCUGGGAGAGCGAGGGGGCUCGUGAGCAGGCGGGUUUCCCGGUGCGUGAGGCGUACGCUCCCCUGGCUAACUUCGAGUGGGAUCUUCGGGAGCUGGUGUUGACGGAUGCUACGAUGGGCGGCAAGAUCGAGCCGCCGGCGACGUACCUGGCGUUGCGAGGCCGUGAGAACACCUCUUCGCGAAGCCCGAGACGACGCAUUGGUGGUGGUGAUGGUGGUGGUCCCUCGGGGGUGCUGCCUCCGUUAUCUUCUCCAGAGAUGACAGCGACACCGGCGUCUGUGCCCGACGCGGCUCCGGCGGUGGAGGUGGAGUACUGCGCGGGGUGUGCUACCAUUUACCGAAGCGCGGCGUCGAACUUCUGUGCGAAGUGCGGGCGACCGCGUCCGCGCCGUUCGACCACGUUGCGAUAG